AUGGUGAUCCUGGACGUGCCAUUUUCGAGGCCAACAGGCGCUCCCACCGUGGCCGGAGAGUGCGCAACCAAGUGUGGGGAUGUGGACGUACCUUAUCCGUUCUGGCUCAAACUCGAGUGUGCAAGGUCCAAAGAUUUUUUCCUCAAUUGCACCACUGAAGGGAACCACACACAACUACUUCUCGCCGACGGGGGGAAUUGUCCAAUACGCAAUAUCUCGAUCGAGGACGCGACCAUGGUCAUCAGCGUCCCCGACGCAUACCAGUGCUACAAGCGGGAUAACCAGACAAGAUACAAAAGGAAUGUGUUCUUAAAUCUAUCUUCGUUUCCACCAUACAGAUUUUCCGACACCAGGAACAAGCUCACCGUCCUCGGCUGCGACACCUACGCUCUCAUUUCCGACCAAGAUGGGACGUUCGGGAGCGGGUGCAUCUCCUACUGCAGCCAAAACGUCCACUUCGCCAACGAGACCGCUUGCUCUGGUCUCGGUUGCUGUCAAACAUCCAUCCCGAAGGGGCUCAAGACGCUCAACAUUAGGUUGAAGUCGUUCGAACAAUAUGAGUCGGUCAGGCAAUUCAACCCUUGCGGACUGGGCUUCGCGGUGGACAGUAAUUCAUUCAAUAUCUCCGAAAGGAAACUCCCGAGCUACGAGGAUAUUAACAACACAACAGAGCUUGCUCUGGACUGGAUGAUCGAAUGGGACGUGUCUUGCGAAAAGGCCAGGUCGAACCAGUUGGUCCAUGCCUGUGGCGACAACACGGACUGCAAAGACUUCGCGAAUGGAUUGGGUUAUCGUUGCGUAUGCAAGCCUGGGUACAACGGGAAUCCAUACAAUCGCACCCACGGGUGUCAAGACAUCAAUGAGUGCGCGCAACCACAAGUGUACCCAUGUCAUGGAAAGUGCAGGAACAAGCCCGGGAACUACACAUGCGAUUGCUCCGUCGGAAUGCGGGGCGUUGGUAAUGUCAGUUGCCAAAUUUCUAGUUGGGCCGUACUCGUUGCAGUCUUUGACGUGUGGAGGAGGAGAAGCAAACAGAAAAACUUCAGACGAAAUGGAGGAGAGCUCUUGAAACACCACAGAGUUCAAAUCUUUAGGGAGGCAGAGCUGGCAAAAGCAACCAACAACUAUGAUGAUAGUAAUAAGCUUGGAGAGGGCAGUUUUGGUUCCGUCUAUAGAGGCAGAAUAGCGGGGGACACCGUGGUCGCGGUCAAGAAGCCUAAAGAUGUGCAUGAGUCUCUAAUAAGGAGGGAUUUUCAACAUGAACUUGAAACUGUGAUGCAAAUGAACCACAAAAAAGUGGUGAAGCUCCAUGGCAUAUGUUUGGAGACUAGAAUACCCUUACUGGUUUAUGAAUACAUUUCGAAUGGUACCCUCUUCCAACACAUCCAUCAGAAUGCGUCGACCAUCUUAAGAUCGUGGAAAAACCGGCUCAGAAUAGCCACCGAAGUUGCUCUUGCACUCGAGUAUAUGCAUUCCUACGCAGAACCCCUAAUCAUUCAUGGUGACAUCAAGUCGGUGAACAUACUUCUGGAUCACAAUUACUCAGCAGAAGUGUCUAAUUUUGGAACUUCGGUACUAAUAUCACCAAAGCAUGGUAAUAUUGCAGCCACUGAAAUACAAGGCACAUUGGGUUACAUCGAUCCGGAAUAUUUAACCACUGGUAUGAUAACAAUUAAAAGUGAUGUAUAUAGCUUUGGAGUUGUCCUCGUGGAGUUGCUCAUGGAAAACAAGCCGACAAGUUUCAUUACUAAGUCCGGAGAGUCGAUCAAUACUAUCCAUUAUUUCAUCUCUUCCAUGAAGGAUAAGACACUCUCCGAUGUCAUAAACUUCGAGGACGCUAAUGAAGAGGAAAUGGAGAGAGUAGGAAUAGUUGUUGAGAUUGCAAAGAAGUGCUUGGACCAAAGCGGUGCGAAGAGGCCAUCAAUGAGGGAAGUUGUUGAGCAACUCGUGAGAAUUAACCACGAGCUCAAUAGUUCGACAGUUGAAGAAAAUUAUGAAGAGACCGAAUGCAAACUGGAUGAAGAAAACCUCUACUCCCAUAUGACUUCAAUUACUUGCGACACGAGCCAACUGUUAGUAAUUAAACCAAAUUCGAGUCAAAAUCAGAAGACUGCCUUCGAGAAGGUUCGAGAAAAAGAUCAAUAUGUCCUACCAAUCAUCUAUCAAGAUUUAGAUGGUUCUAUGUUCGAGGAGGUUUCGAACGCUACUACUUCUAAGGAGAUAAAAAGAAAUGGUGAAGAUGCUCGAGCUGUUGAGAAGAUUCUUCGGUCCUUAGACAAGAAGUACUAUCACAUUAGCGUUGCAAUUGAAGAGUCCAAAAAUCUGGAUGCCAUGAUAAUGAAUGAGCUUCUGGAUUCAAUGUAA